GUAAACUGUUUAGUUUAUCUUGGCAACGUCUGAUCAUGAGAUGAAGAUUUAAUAAAACGUCACAAGGUUUCUUGGUAAAAUGGGGUUUCUUUUAUUUUCCUUAUCUGGAAUUUAAAAUCUGGAGACAACUUCCAACGGCUUUUUUUACCACAGAAUAUAAAUCAAUCUUUUAUCUUGCUCCCAAUGGCUUUUGACAUUUCUUCGGCAUAUCUUCAUCACGGUCCACGCAGCACCGCAACGAUGCUUGACAUAAUAUCCCACGUGCCCGCGCACUUGACCAAAGCGCUUUACAUCCCAAAACAUGACGACACAAUCUCUCAUUUCGCGAUAUAUGACAUCUCGAAGGAAUAUUCCGAAAAAGUGGGCAUUAAUCCCAUGGGCUCGGAGAGUUACAAGGUGGAGCUAUGCCUUCUUCGAAAGCCUAGCGGAUAUCAUGCCGGUGACAACGCUCGGUUCCUGGUAGACGUCGACGCUAGUGUCUCUAUUCAUGAGAGAGUUAUGGGUCGAGACCCUUUGGAUGCGGAGGUAUCAUCGCCGAUCGAUGGAGAAAGGAGUGCUAAGUUGCAGAUACACACGGGAGAUUCCUCGUUCGAACUCAGUGGGCACGAAUAUUACCCUUUGCCAGAGAAGGAAACGAAGAAAAGGAUCAUCCGGUACCCAUACAUGAGCAUGUCCGGGAAUCACGGGCCUUCGAAAGCGCUCCGUUGUGACUGGCAGGUUCAUCCAGCUGAGAAGGGACCUCUGCGCUAUGAACUGGUGGACCUAGAUCGACAAGGCGAAGGUGAUGGCUCGAUACUAGCGAUCUAUCAUCACCAUGGCUUCGAGAGCGAGCUACCUACAUCUUACAGCCACGGAGUUCUCCUCCUCCCAAAUGACUCCACGCCAUUGUUUGACAUUACUGUUGUGUCAAGUCUUAUGGCUCUUCUGGCCACGAUUCGCAAGCAACCGGCGGCACGAAAACGAUCACGCUUUCGGUCUUUGAUGGCGUCUUUAUGAGGAUGAAUGUAAUUCGAGGGGGCAGGAAGGAAGAAUAAUAAUACCCAUAGCGUUAAAUCCUCAGAUUGUAGUAACCAGAUAAUUAUCCUGAAACGAUUGUAUCAGUUCAACAAACUCACUUUCCCAGCCGCGAGCCCACGAGAUGUCUUAUCCAAGAACGAACUCUCCAUCUCACUCAACUUCUCUGCUAGUCCAAUGCGUCUCCGUGACUGAACCUCCCAGUCUUCAAGAGUCUUUAGACUCCCAUGGGGACCAAAACCAUAAUACUUCUCCGUGGCUUUAGGCCAUGAUUCCUCCCCGGAAAUAAACUUGAUCCACGCCUCGCGCAUCGCCUGACCAACGCGCUCAGCACUAGGUGAGAAACUCAGAUCGAAGCCUCCGAACAAGAGAACAAGGUCGAUGGCGUGAUGAGCUCCACUUGAAGGCUGCCAUGGAUUUGCUUCGUCUAUCAGACAUCUGAAAACGGGCUUCCUUGCAUCCUUGAAGGAUUUCUCGAGGCACUGGAUUGGUAGCAGGUACUUGUAGUCGUUGAUAAAGUCCAAUGCCCCAUUUUUGCAGGAUGAAGGUCGGUCGGGGUAGAUAUGAUACAACUUCUUGAGCUCGUCGCCAUAUUGCUCGGAAGCAUCAAAGGCUUUCGCUAUGUCGCUGGGGUCUGU